UUCACCUUAUAUUCCGUAACCCUUAUCUCACAAUCUCUGUGUCUUCAAGCCGCGGAUUCGUAGAUUCACUGUUUCCGUUGCAAGAAUGGGACGCGUUCGCACGAAGACGGUGAAGAAAUCAUCAAGGCAAGUGAUAGAGAGGUACUAUUCUCGAAUGACGCUGGAUUUCCAUACCAACAAGAAGAUCCUUGAGGAGGUGGCGUUGAUACCAUCGAAGAGGCUCCGAAACAAGAUUGCGGGUUUUUCGACCCAUCUCAUGAAACGGAUCCAGAAGGGUCCGGUUCGCGGAAUUUCGCUGAAGCUGCAGGAGGAGGAGAGGGAGCGGCGCAUGGACUUCGUCCCCGACGUCUCCGCCGUAGGAACCGAUCACAUCGAGGUUGAUAAGGAGACACUCGACAUGCUCGCCGCCCUUGGAAUGGGCGAAAUCCCUGGUGUUGUUCAGGUUGACCCUGUCCCCGUUCAGCAGCAGAUUCCCUUUGGUCGCGGCGGCGGCGGACCUGGGAGGAGGUUUUAAGCUUCUUCUUUUUUUCCGGUGAUGCUUUGUUUUAGAGGAAUUGUUAUGUUUUGAAUUUUGUUUUACUUAAUUUCGGUUUCUGUGAUAGGGUUUUGGAUUAUUGAACUCUGUUAAAGUGGUGGUUGUUACCGGAAUUUAAUUUUGUUUUGUCUUUAGUAAUUCCUAUGAUAUGGUAUCUAAAGAGUACUUGAUGUUGUUUUGUUCCGCUAAUAUUAGAACUUUGAAGGGUUAA